UGUUUAAGUCCUGAACGUGUACACUUUACGGCGGUCCAGGCUGCGGUGGAGGAGGAUGUCCGACGUUGCCAGGGGAGCCGGCGCGACCCCUUCCACCUUCCACAAGCGGCUGCUGGUGACGGGCGGUGCCGGCUUUAUUGCAUCGCAUGUGAUUAUUUGCCUGUUGGAAAGAUAUCCAGAUUAUUUGAUCAUAAAUUUAGACAAGCUUGAUUACUGUGCAAGCCUAAAGAAUUUGAAAGCAGUUUCCAACAGAAAAAACUACAAAUUUAUACAGGGUGAUAUUUGUGACGAAUAUUUUAUGAAGCAAUUGUUUGGAACUGAAAACAUUCAAAUAGUUCUACAUUUUGCAGCACAGACUCACGUUGAUAAGUCAUUUUGGUGCUCCUCAGAAUUCAAAAACGUGAAUAUUUAUGGUACAGAAAUCCUAGUGAAAGCUGCUUAUCAGGCUAAUGUUGAAAAAUUCAUUCAUGUUAGUACUGAUGAAGUCUAUGGAGGAAGUGUUGAAGAGGAAUUCAAUGAAACAUCACCCAGAUGUCCCACAAAUCCUUAUGCAGCAACAAAAGCAGCAGCUGAAUGUAUAGUUUUGUCCUAUUGGGAACAUUUCAGGUUUCCUGUUAUUGUGACCAGAAGUAGUAAUGUUUAUGGACCACAUCAGUAUCCAGAAAAAGUUAUUCCAAAAUUCAUUGCUUUAUUACAACGUAACCAAAAGUGUUUUUUUUCGGGGAGAAGAGGAUGGUUCCUAUAUUACAAGGAUGACAAUCCUCUUUCUCCAUUUUUAUCCAUUAUGUCUGUUGGCUGUAUUCAUGGAACAGGAAUUCAAGCACGCCAUUUUCUCUAUGCCACAGAUGCUGCUGAGGCGUUCCUCACAAUCCUUGAAAAGGGUGAACCUGGUGAGGUGUACAAUAUGGGCACAAAUUUUGAGUUGUCAAUUUUUCAACUUGCCAAAGAGUUAGUUCACCUGAUUAAAGAAAUUGCUUCAGAAUCUGAACUUGAACUUUGGAUUGAUCAUGUCAGUGACAGACCUUCUAAUGACCUGCGAUAUCCAAUGAAUUCAAAAAAGCUGCAUAGACUUGGAUGGAAACCCAAAGUAUCUUGGGAAGAGGGAAUUAGAAAGACAAUUAAAUGGUACGAAACAAACUUCAACAACUGGUCAGAUGCAGAAUACGCAUUGGCUCCCUUUCCAUCAUCAGCGCUUCAAAAAGGAUGCCAGCAUUUAUAAUGUUUAUUUAGAUGUCAGCAAUUCUACCUCGUUAGCAGCUACAAAUGGAUCUUUUAAUUUGUCACGAAGAACACAAAAGUGGCUAAUGCCAAAGUACUGUAAUUUGUAAAGUUAGUUCACCUCUUUCAAAUAUAAGAGGAUUUAUUUCAUGUGUGGCAAUAUUUAAGUAUUCAAAUCGCUGUAUUAAGAACCUGGUGAUUUGUGGAUAGUAAAAUUGAAUUCAAACUAAUAUAAUCAUGUAAACUGGAUAAAUAAUGUAUUUCAGGAAAGAAAAUAGACCACUCCUUCAGCUCCCUAUACUUGGCCAGUCCCACAUUUCUUUUUUGAGUAUGAAUGUCAUUGGGACUAGGGUGCAGUAAAUACGAUAUAAGGGUUUUGGCCCGAAAUGUUGCCUAUUUCCUUCGCUCCAUAGAUGCUGCUGCACCCGCUGAGUUUCUCCAGCCUUUUUGUGUACAAUACGAUAUAAGGGUUGUCUACAAAUAUUUUCGUAAUUUGUUUUCUUAUCAUGUAGUCAUGGGGUUAUACAGCACAAAACAGGCAUUUUGGCCUAUUCGUGUUCUGGGCUAGUCUCAUAUGCCUGCAUUUAACCCAUUGUCCUCUAAAUCCUUCCUCUCCAUGUAUCUGUCCAAAUGUCUUUUGAAAGUCCGAAUUAUAUCUGCUUCUAAAGCUUCCUCUGGAGCUUAUUCCAGGUACGGACUGCCCUCCGAGGGGAAAAAGAUGCCCCUGAGUUUCCUCUUACAUCUCUCCCCUCUCACCCUAAACCUUUAGUUCUAGAAUCCUCCACCUGGCAAAAAAGAUUCACUUUAUCCAUGCCCCUCAUGAUCUUGUACACCUCAAUAAAAUCACCCUUCUUAUGCUCCAAAGAAAAAAAAUCCCAUUCUAUCUAACCUUUUCCUAUAAAGCCCAGGGUUGAGGGGAGCUGGUUGGGUCUUGGUUUUAGGAAGACAUACUGAGGUAUUCCUAAUGAAGAAUCGAGGUGUAAAUGGAUUAGACAUCCAUAGUAAAGAUAAGGUGGUGGGGGCAAAGGAUUUUACGUUCUUGAAGUGGUGGAGAGCAAAGAGUCAUAGUCAUAUAGGAAAUCAUACCACCCAUUGCGUCUGCCUAAGCUCAUUGCCCCUUCUCCCACUUAUUUUGCAAUAACCUGUUCUCUUCUCUCAGCCCCAUAAACUCCCUUCAUUUAUUUUACCAUCCACACACAUAGAGGCCGAUCAACCAGUCUUUGUAGGAGGAAACUGAAACACUCAAAUAAACAUAUGUGAAAUGCCAACCAAGUAAUGCUCCUGUUCAAUUUUUGAAGGCAUUUAGCAUUGAUUUUCUUUUUUCCGCCAAUAAUAAAUAUAGAAUUAUUUUAGUUGCAUCAUUUUUGGACAGGGAUAAUAUUAACUUGAAGAUUUACGCGUAACACCUUUAUUAAAUGGUUUAUUUCGAGGAAACACUUUUUCUCACCGAGAGUUGUGAGUCUGGGAUUCUCUGCCUCAGUGCAGGUGGGUUCUCUGGAUACUUUCAAGAGAGAGCUAGAUUGGGGUCUUAAAGAUAGCGGUUGGUAUAUCCCUUUUUGCGGAGUUUUUAAAAAAAAUAAUAGAGCGAUUGUUUUUCUUUCUUUCUUUUCUAGGGUCUAUUUCUUAACUUUCUUCUCUAACUCCUUUUCUAAUGGGCUUUCUUUUCCCAACACUUUCUUGCACCUUCACGACUCUUUCUCACUUUCCUUACUUCUUUUAUUUCUAUCUUUUUUAAAGUUCAAAAAAUGAAGGGGUACAACAAAUGUAAUGAGAUAUAUGUGGUGUGUAUUACUGCAACUUAUUGUACUUCUAAUAAAAAUAAAAUAAAAAAAUAAAAAAAAUAAAAAGAUAGCGGAGUCAGGGGAUAUGGGGAGAAGGCAGGAAUGGGAUACUGAUUGGGGAUGAUCAGCCAUGAUCACAUUGAAUGAUGGUGCUUGCUCAAAAGGCCGAUUGGCCUACUCCUGCACCUGUUGUCUAUUGUCUAUCUAACAUUUUAAACUGAUAAUUAUCAAAAUAAUUUCAGGAAAGUAAUUUUUUCAAGUAAUUUUUCACUCCUGAAUAUUAAGGUGUCUGGGCAAAAGAUUCUUAUCCUUUCUUUCUCAUGUCUGGCCUUCUAUUAUCCCAGCUGUGGGAAAUCACAAUUAGCAACAGGCCAAAUAUGUCACCAGGAGGUGAGUCAGUAAACAGAUCUUGUCAAAUAUAUGCACUAUGAAUCGUCUGUUCAUUUUAAAAUCUAUUGAUAUUCACUACAUAAAUUGCUGGGUAAUAAUGUGAUUCCAUUAUGAGUCAAUAAAAUAUAUGCUUGUAUUUAU